AUGUUGGCCCAUAUCUCCGUACCCUGUGCUCAAAAACUCGUCGCCCUUGUCGAAUGUGGUAAGAAUUUGACUUACUGCUUGGUUUUGAAAGGACUUUUCAGUCGGACGAAAAAAAUGCUCUACAUCUUAAAUUGUGGAAUGGCCUUUCUACCAGGCGUAUGGAUUGAGCUGCUUGUUAUGUUCCGUGUCUAUAUGUUGGCUGCUUAUUGUGCUUUGAAAGAGUUGCUGUUCGAGGCAGCGAAUCAAGGAAUCAAAAAACGUCUCGAAAAUGAGAUCCGGAAGUCUCGUGCUAUAAGAUCCGCUCGCAACAAGCGUGUUUUCAUCACUGGAGCCGAUGGCACGAUUGGACGAGAGGUGGUUAAGUCCAAGAUUCCUUACUGCCACAUGCGCUUCACCUGUUACCGCAUUGUUGGGAAUCGUGCGAAAGCGAAUGUAUUGUUCGAAUCUCUAAACGGAUCCCGAAUGCCACUGACACUUUAUGAGGUCGACUUCGCAGACCCUCAUGAGGUAGAAAGAAGAGCUUCUAACUCAAUUUUUAUUGGCGACGUCGAACGUCAUAUGUGCGUCAACGUGGUUUCGCAAGCCUUACUUUUGAAUCUGUUAAAACCAUUGCUGGCACGCGAUGCAAGGAUACUAUUUCUGAGCUCAUCAACUGCAACCGUAUCUCACUACACGAGCUCUAUGUUGCAAGGAGAUCUCCUCUCUUACUACGUUGGCCCCUACCAAGCAUACUGCUUGUCGAAGCUAGUUCUCUCAGUGUAUAUCGAACAGUUGUCUCAGCAUCGGCCACAACGCAUUGCAACUAUGCAUCCUGGAGUGGUACCUGGAACCCUUUAUCGUCACAACAAUAUGCUUGUGAAAUUCGUGUCUUACUUCAUUCUGCCCUUUUUCCUGAGGUAG